AUUCGGCGCCGACCGGUAAAUUCCCCUCACAGCCUCUCCUCUCCAAAAAAAGGAAAAACAUCCAUACCUUUCCAUUCCUCCCCUUCUUGCCCGCUUUUAUCAACACAAUUGCAAUAAUUCAUCCGUAUAACACUGAGAUAGUGUACACUCUCUCGCGCAGUCUGGUCUGCAGACACAUCAAUCGCAAUGGCAACCCACCUCCCCGCCCGCCAAUUGUACUAUGACGGCCAGACGCAAGCCAGUACCUCGAACAAGACCUUCCCAACCAUCGACCCGUCAACCGGCGCCCACAUCGCUGAUAUCCACGAAGCCUCUCGCGCAGACAUUGAUAAGGCCGUGUCGUCCGCCGAACGCGCGUUUCCGGCAUGGUCCGCAACGCCGGCCAUCCAGCGCGCCCGCAUCCUCCAGAAAGCUGCGCAGUUGUUGCGCGAUCGUAACGACGAGAUCGCCACCGCCGAAACACAUGAUACCGGGAAGGCGUUUACGGAAACGAGCGUCGUGGAUGUCGCGACGGGUGCGGAUGUGCUCGAAUAUUUCGCGAAUUUGGUUGGUGGUGGAGGGUUGAAUGGAGAGACUACGCAGUUGAGAGAAGAUGCGUGGGUUUAUACAAAGAAAGCGCCUCUAGGAGUUUGUGCGGGGAUUGGUGCUUGGAAUUACCCUAUUCAGAUCGCGCUCUGGAAAUCAGCGCCCUGUCUCGCCGCUGGCAACACCAUGGUCUACAAACCCAGCGAAUUCACCUCCCUGCACGGCGAAACCCUCGCCAAAAUCUACACCGAAGCCGGUGUCCCCGCCGGCGUUUUCAAUGUCGUCCACGGCGCUGGUGACGUGGGCGCGUACCUAACCGCUCACCCUUCCAUCGCGAAAGUCUCAUUCACGGGCCAAGUAGCUACCGGCAAAAAGGUUGCUGGGAGUGCCUCCGGCAGCAUGAAAUACGUCACCAUGGAACUCGGGGGAAAAUCGCCUCUGAUAGUUCUCUCCGACGCGGAUCUCGAGACCGCCGUUGACGGUGCCAUGAUGGCGAAUUUCUAUAGUACAGGCCAGGUAUGCACGAACGGGACACGGGUGUUUAUCCCCAGGGCCAUGAAGGCCGCCUUCGAGAAGCGGUUGUUGGAGAAAAUGCAAUAUGUGCGGGCUGGCCCCGUCAUGGACCCGGCGACAAACUUCGGUCCUCUCGUUUCACGCGUCCACCGCGACAAAGUCACUGGGUAUAUCAAGCACGGCAUCGAGACGGACCGCGCAAAGCUACUUUACGGCGGAGUUGGCCAGCCUGCAAAUCUCACCCCUGAAUUAAAAAAGGGGUACUGGGUCAAACCGACGAUUUUCACGGAUUGCACGGAUGAUAUGAAGAUCGUCAAGGAGGAGAUUUUCGGGCCCGUGCUAUCUAUUCUCACGUACGAUACUGUUGAGGAGGCAGUUCGACGAGCGAAUGCCACGGAACUGGGGCUUGCAGCAGGCAUAUUUACGAAGGAUUUGAAUUUGGCACAUCGCAUUAUUGACCAGUUACAAGCCGGGAUUACGUGGGUGAACUCAUGGGGAGAGUCGCCGGCGGAAAUGAGUGUGGGGGGAUGGAAGCAAAGUGGUGUUGGAGUCGAGAAUGGGAGGAGAGGGAUCGAGGCGUGGGUGCGCAAUAAGAGUACGCUGGUUGAUAUGAAUGGGUCGGUGGCUACUGCAUUUGCCAAGCUAUGAACACUACAACGUGUAAAAUAAAGAUGUAAACAAUGAAAGGAAAAAUGCUAU